CGGAUAUUCUAAUGUUUAUAGAUCUUUACUGUUAAUGAAAUAUAAAUUAAUGGAAGAAUUACUUUAAAAAAGUAUAUAAAUCAGUGAGGAAAUUUGAAAUCUAUAUUAGUACUCCAGCCGCAGUUUAUUCGCUAGCUUUCGCAAAGAUGCAUGUAAUAUGGUUCAUAUUUAUCCAGGUAAUUUUUAUUUUUUAUUGCUAUAAUUGUGACAAAACUGCAGAGGAUAAAGAAUGCAUACGCAACGAAGUGACAAAAAAAUUAUGCGAUUCCACCUUUCAAGAUUUUACCAAAAAGAUAUGCAUGUUAAUGCCAGACAACCCUGGAAAAUUUAAAGAAAAAGGAAGUCAAUUGGGAAUUGCCAAUGAAUGUUGUGAUAAUACUUGUGGUCCAUCCAAGUUAUCUGAGUUGUGUCUGGAUGAAGUCGAAGAUGGAACAUGGUGUCAGUUUAUUCGAGAUGCUAGAGACCACGUUUUUCUCAAUACCCACAAUGUCAUUAAAAAAGAUGAUGAAAAUAAAAACUAAAAAUAUUA